AUGCAUUUUGACUCAGUAGAAGACACAUACAUAGCUCAAGGGACGCCUGAACUCACAACAGACACGGAUUCCGACAUGGACGGCUCGAGGGAGACGCUAAAGUUAGAUGGGAGCUCGGACAGUGCUGCAGAAUUAACUCGUUGGUCGUCACGAGAACGGAUUCGCGAAGAGACACGGAUUGUGGUUUUAGAUUUUUUGAGUUCGUUGCCUGCCGACAAACUAACUGCUCGUAACCUUUCGGAAUCAGAGAGCAGGGUAAAAUGUUUGUCCAAAAGGAUGUCGCGUCUGUCAAAAAGUAGCAGCGAUGUAGGCGCAUACGAACACAAACGGCAGAAAUUUCUGCGGAUGGCGAGACUCCAGCGAAAGCUAUCACUAAACUUAAAGAGAGACAUUGAAAGUUUCGACCAAAGGAAGCUCAAACACAGGAACAUACAGAAAGAAGAGUAAGUAGUCUUAUCUUAUCUAAAUGGUAAAAUAUUUGCCAAAAUGCGGCGACUUAUAUGUAUAGCUGAAAAAAAUAGACGAGAUAUAUGUUGCAGUUAAUUUUUUAUUUCAGUUAAUUUUUAUAUUUCCUUUGUUUCAAAUUCAUUCGCAUUCAUUACCAUACCCAAAAACAAUAGGAAAAUAAAAAUUAACUGAGAUAAAAAAUUAACUACAACAUAUACAUGACGCAAACUGGGCUCAAGUACACAGCUGACUUUAUAGUUGUUUGAUGUUUUAGUUGCGUUAAAUGCUAUACGGCUGUGCGGUUUCGUGCAGUACACAGUGAAUCUGUACAUCUGUGUUUUGGACUUUUACGGCAUACUAAAAUUUUUGUCCCCGCAAAUACGUUAUGGUCAGUUCAAAUUUGUAAAAUGAAAGAGCUUUGUAAUUAAUGGUAUUUAUUAAAGAGCUUGUUGUGUACAAUUUCAAUAAGGGAGCUCUUGGUUUUUCAAAGUCUUAUUCCUUUUUUUUAGUCAAUAUGGGUCUUUUUUCUGAACGGAAGUCCAAUGGAAACCUGUAUGUAUAAAUCUGUUGUUGUUACAUAUGAGUCCUUGGGGAUUAGAAGCUUAAGAGGGCUUAUUCAUUUUCUAGCAUUUAUGUGGGAAAGAGUUGCAUGACAGCAAAGACAUAACAUGAGUAUUAAUACCUCAUUAGCUUAGCUUAAUGUCAUUCUGAAAGUUGCUAGUGAAUGAAUAUAGCAUCACCACUUGUAAGUAAUAUAUUUUAUUCAUGUUGUUGUGGUUAAUUUACAAACAUGACUCUUUAGCAAUCAAUUUUCCUUGUUCAUUGUUGGUUAUCUUGAAGAUGACACAGCAUUGUUACACAAUUUAUAUCUCAGGUUGUCACUGUGACAAGUGGCCUCUCAGCCGUUUUUCCUGGUAUUGAUAAUGCAGAUACUUAUGUAAGGGAACUGGUCGUUAGAAUUUCAUGGAAAUCGGCAUAAAGGAACAACCCAGAACAAGGAAGUAGUGUAAAGUAAAAUCAUCAGACCAGAAUCCAUCAGUGAAAAUUUGUGAUCAAUCACUGGCAUUUAUGUAUUACAUUGUAAAACUGGUGUAAGGUCAAAAAGGAAGCAAGCCUAUAAAAAUGUCUGAUUUGAAAAUUUUAAAUCAGGAAUUUUAAUAUAAUAUUAAACUAAACACAAAUUUCAAAGGUGAAGAAAAAGAGGAAAAAUAUAAAAAAGGCUUUUGGUUCAAUAGGUGUAUUGAAAAUGAAGGCCAAAGUUAGCAUUUAAGAGUGCUAUAAUCAUUAGUUCCUGUGUUUGAAAGGGCUUCUUCAGUUUGAAGAUCAGCCACAGGGAUUUAAAGCUUGCAAACUUAUUUUGCUCUACUGGUUCCGAUCGUAGCUUCUAUGAUUCCUUCAUAGUCAAGCAAAAUUACUGUGUUACUAUUUACAACAUGUCAUUCUUAGUUGAAGUGGCCAACAAUUCAAAAUCUUAAUGUAUUAUUGUACUGAACACAAAUUCCAAAGUUGAAGACUUUUGGUUCAUUUUCAAUAGGUGUACAGAGAAAAAAGGCCAAAGUUAGCAUUUAAGAGCGCUGUAAUCAUUAGCUCCUAUUUGAAAGGGCUUCUUCAGUUUGAAGAUCUGACCCAGGGAUUUAAAGCUUGUAGAUUUAUUUCCCACUUGGUUCAGAAGCAUUUAUGAUUCUGUCAUAAUCAAAUGAAAUUACUGAGGUUACUAUUUACAGCAUAACAUUCUUAAUUAUGGAAGUGACAAACAAUUAUUCAAAACUGACAUUCAUUUGCACUGCUUUUAGAUCCCUUUCCUUCACCAGCCUACUUCAUAUAAUGACUGUUAGACUUCAAAAUGUCUUUACAUGUCAAAUUAUUCUUUUAAGACCUGUUUUCUAGCCUGAGAAAACAGCCAACGUUUGGCAACGCUACAACUUACUUGUCUCCUGCGAAAUGACGUCUGAGAAAUGAGCACAGAAGUUCAAUACUAAUGACGCAUCACUACCCAGAUCUGUGUAGUGGCUCUGAUUGGUUGUGCUGCAUGGGAAGUUCGCUUCAACCUGAAUCAGUAUAGAAUUUAUGCACUUGCUUCUCAGAUAUCAUUUCAAAAAGAAACCAGUGAUAGCAUCACAAAAUCUCAGCUAUUUUCUCAGUCUACCUAUUUCCAGCUUUUGCAAAGUCAAGGGGAUUUGCAAGUAUUACCAGUGAUAAAAUGGACAUUUUGAAGGGAAUAUUUUAAGCGUGAUUAAAAAUGAACACCACCUAUGUUUGAAAUGCUGGUUAUUACAGUCAUGUGAUGAAAUCCAAUGUGAUAGUUUCUGCUGUUGGCAGAAGUAUUGCAAAGGAACCUAAAUGUUUUAACACAAGUCAUUUCCAGUCUCAUGUUUUUCCAUAGGUAUCAUUGGAAGGCAAGAAAUCUGCAUGAAAUACCAUCUGGAAAUAAAUUUUUGCAGAUUGCCGAUUUUUUGUGUUUUUCAGAUACUAAAUUUUUGUUAUGAUCAGGACAAAGGUUAUUUUCCUGCAAGGAAUUUGUUUUGGCGAUUUUCUGAAAGUUGGGUUCAAAUGAAUUGAUCAUGAAUGUAUUUUAGUCUUGUGUAGCAAAGUUAAGUGUAUAGAAUACUAGUAUCUCAUGUGGCACUGAAUUUUUGUGGGUUCUAUUUAACGUUAACUUUUGCAGAUCACAAAACAUCCUCAAAAAUUACAAGGGCACCCAACGAUCCUGUUUUCUUUAAAAUACCAUAAAAUUCUGAAAAUAAGCCCCGGGGCUUAUAAUUUUCAAAGGUUCUUCUUGAGGGGCUUAUUUUUGGAGGGGCUUACCUACAGAGGGAAAUUUGCGUUUCAAAAUCGAUUGGGCUAGCCUUAUAGUUGGAAGAAAAUUUACCGUUUUUGUUUUGUUUUACUUUGUAUUUGAGGGCAAUUUUCCAAGUACAAGCCCCCGGGGGGUAUAUAUUUGGAGGGGCGAUUUAACGGAGGGUUUUUUGAGUUACGAGUUUGGGGGACCUAUAUUUGGAGGGGCUUAUACAUUUUGGGGCUUAUUUUCGGAAUUUUACGGUAUCUGUUUGGAGAAGCGAAUAUUGCCUAGAAUUUUCUAUUACUUGAGGACAGCUAAAAAUUUCUAGAUGACCAUUCCAUUCAUGUAUGUACAAUAUUUUUGAAGCUUAUCCAAAAAAUUCCCAAAGGUUUCAUGGAGUUUAAUUUUUCACAUUUCACCACCCAGGUUAGGCUAUUUUUCAGGGAAAAAAGGAAAACUAAAAAUAUUUUCGGAUUCAAAAAUGUGAUGGAGCGAGUAAUCAGAAAAAUUCUCACUUUCUUGAUAUGAGUGCAUCUAAAAUUUUCGGGAAAAUAAUACUGAAGUCCUUGUAAUUUCAAAAAGACUCAAGUUCCCCUAGGAUGACCAAACAAAAAUUCUAUAGCGCCACCUAUAAUGCAUCUUUAGAGAUCUAAAAGUACUCGAGAAAGCCUAAAAAGUGUUUUCAAUGUAUUUACUCGGAGGAAACCGUCGUUGGGUACCCCUGAAAUUAGAACCCACUAUAAUUUAGUGCCACACGGGGUAGUGUUUAUGUUUAUGCCAAGAAUUUUUUAAGGCUAUAAUAAUUAUUAUUGCCAGCUGAUGCACAAGCUGAUAGGCAGUGUUCUCACCAGGCCGCGGCCUUGCGGGAUUCCCGCAAGAAAAACUGAAAUGGCGCAUUAGAACCAAGAAGAUGCGCCCGUUAGGGCGUAGGGGCAAGCUACGAGUCAAACGGACUUAAGUAGUUUUAAUGGUCAACCUAACACUAAAGCAUUCUGUUUGUUUGAAUAAAUAAAAAACAUGAUAUCAAAUGAGUCAAAGUCUUUAAUUUUGUUGCCUUUACUUUCAUUGGUCCCACGCACGUCCCACUACAUCGUAAACGCCUCCUCCGAAUCGUAAACUCCUCUUCCGCCAUAUUGGAUCAGGUAGGUACUUCAUGUAACAGACAAUUUGGAGUGCGGGCUCAGGUUCUUCGUACCACGUGUUUUUUGUAACUUUGUCCCCCUGAUGUUCUUACAGGGCCCCUAUUUCUCAGAAGAGGGGGCCCUGGGACUCCCCAAGGCAAAAUCCUGGUGAGAACACUGGAUAGGUGAGAUCUAGUGUUGGGGGGGCCAAGGAUCAGCCAUUUUUAUUUGUUCAAGCUUUUACAUACUAUUACUUAGUCAGAAUUAAAAUUGCUGAAACACUCUUGUUAAAUUUCAACUUUUCUCUCAACAGAGAAUUCUUAAAGAGACCAAACAACCUCAAGAUUCCGCCAUUUGAACCUGGUUCUGACCACACUCCCUCACCAGUUUUGUCUCCAGAAGGCCGGGUUGCAGCUAGGUUAGAAAAAAUAAGUCAAGAAAUUAUGGGAAAAGUUCCUCACUUACUGGAUGAACCUUUGAAGAUAAUGCAGGCAGGAAAUCUCUCAUACGAACAGUUUUGUGUGGCUGCACGACAUCUUACAUUUGAACAUCAAAUUGUGGGUUGGUCCAAGGUGGCACUUCUUUGUCACUUUGCUCGUGAAGUUGCCAUUGUAGGUGAAUUGGAUGAUUUACAGCUUGAACUGUUGGCUGAUCAUAGCUUUAGGUUUAUUCAAGAAAGUACAGAAGAGUGGAUAGAAAAAAAUGGUGGAUGGGUGAGUACUCAGUGCUCUGUAUUUUGCACUACUCUUUAAUUCGGCUUGAUACAGUUUUUCGGGGUCAAUACGUCCCAAGUUUGAGUAUAAACUACGUCGCCAUAAACGAAGAUUUGGAAAAAUUGCCACCCCAGUUGUAUUAGAUAAAGACGAAAUUUUUUUUAUGAUCAGGGUUGCAAUGACAUCAGAGUUGUCAUAGCAAUGAAAUGAGGCCAUUAUCUAUUUUACUGCAGCAGUCUUUCUCGGCACUGGGAACUAUUGUUUCAAAAUCGUUCACGGGAGCUUUUUCCUCCAAUAGCCGCCCUUGAUGUUCAUGAAGUUUGAGCAGAAUCUGUAAGGGCGUUAUCGAGUUAUUUUGGAAUGAAGUUUUUAUGGUUAGAAAUACAGUAUCUUGAUGUUUGGCCAUUAUCUGUAGAAAGUGAAGCGCUUUUGACAUGAAAUUCCACCUCAUAGUAGGUUUACUCUUUUUAAAAACUUGUGUGAAAGAUUAUGGAGAUAGGGGACUGGUCAUUAGUUAUUGGAAGGGGUGCAAUGGUGCCAUGUUGAAAUUUUGCUGACCCAUGCUUUAUUUUUUUGCUGACCCCCCCCGCAAUACCCCCUCGUCCUCCAGCAUGUAUGAAACAAAAAGUAUGUAUUUACAUGUAUCUAGUCACCAUGUCCAACUGAUAGACAUUCUAUUUAAAGGUACCUUAAAUUUGGAUUUGAGUUGCUCUUCGCCCAGACCGUACUGUGUAGACAAUUGUAUCAAUUGUCGUAUUGCCCGUUGCAGUCAAAUAUUUCAGUGAAGAUUACGUAUUUACACGCUCUGACCUACCUAUAUUGGAAAACAACUUUAAAAUGGUUCAAGAUAUUAAGACCUCCACCCAGAAGCGGGAGGAAGAUGCAAAAAAACAUCUUUGUACUCAUUUCUCCAAAGCAGGGAAACUGCUUCCAGGGUACAACCACCCAAAAACAUUUGAUGAAAAACUUAUUGACACACUUAUAAAAGUUGAAGAAAGUGUGAUAUAAAUAGAAGAAAGCCUUAAGGAAAAGUUAGAGAAGACAUCAAAUAUGUUCCAAUUAUAUGCCCCCCAUGUGAAUGCAAAAACCAAAAAGCAUUCUCAGAAAGAGAACCGAAGGAAAGCCAAAAGAUGGAAAGUUUCGAGAAAAGCUGCCAACAUACAGAAAGUGCGAGAGUUUAUUUCGAAUGAGCGUUCUGCAUCUGAAGUAAUUCAACUCCAAAACCUAAAAUUGGAAGCUCUAUCUACAUUAUCAUUGUGUCAAGUGAAAUAUCUACAACUUAUGUAUGAAGAUUGACAACUAUCUACUGAAGCUGUAAACUUGAUUAGUAAAUAUGUAGACAAUUUUCCAAGAAAACAAAACACUAACCUAGAACCAGAUAAUGCCUAUGAUGAUGACAGUAAUAAUGAUGAUGAUAAUGAUGAUGAUGAUAAUGAUGAUGAUGAUAAAGACAACGAUGAUAUUGACGAUGAUGCAGACAAUGAUGACAAUGGUGAUGAUCACAACAAUGGUAAUGGUGAUGAUGACAAUGAUGAUGAUUAUUAAAUGCUGAGGACAACAGCAAUGAUGAUGAUGGUGCUAGUUAUGUUUACAGUAGAAAUAAGAUCAAUGUUGUAAGAUACUGAUUUGUAAGUGUUAACAAAAGUUGUUGUAUAAAGCUAUUUUAAUAGGCUGCAUUUGUUGAUGGCAUCCAGAUGCAGCUUUUCACAUUUUUGCUGGCAAAACCUUUGCACAUUUUUUAAUGGCCCCCCCUUUAAGCCAUGCAUAAAAAAUGGUGGCCCACCCCCUAUUUGCACCAGCCCACCCCUCCCGAUAAAUAAUGACCAGUCCCUAGCUCGAGCCGAUUGCUAGAAAGAAAGACUGGAUUAGUAUGUAUCAAGGUGCUCUUGUUAGAUGUUUUGUGAACAUUUUGGUCUACUUUAACAAAUUAGCGAAUAAAUGUUAAACCGCUUGAUAGAUUUUUUAAAAAAUUUGAGAUUCUCUAGAUGAAGUGUUGUUUUAGGAGACCUUUAUUCUUGAGAUUAACCGUCCUUUUAUAUCCUUUUUUUUCAAGAUUAUUGAUAUUGUAAGGCAGUAAAAUAAGGGCAGUGUCUGAGAAAACUACAAAAGCGGCGUGGACUUCUCGCACCAGGCAGGCAUUUCGGAGAAAGCCACUUUAUUUAGCCUUAACAAACAGAGGUCAAGAAAAUUUAAACACUUUACAACUGCGCCUGAAAUCAAAUCCUAUCGCACCCACAGAAGCAUAAACCACAGGAAAUUUUUGUAUCCUGCUUCAUGACCUCUAAAUUUUUGCUCAGAGUAAUCUUUGUGCAAGAGAGAAAAGAAGAAAACCCUUUUCAAGCAAGUGAAAGCCAGGCUUAUUAUUUUUGUUUGGCUCAACAGGUUUUCACAAUUUAUGCGAAAUUUUCACGACGUGAACAGCAGUGAUUAACAAUGCAUUUUAAAUUUUCACGUGAACAGCAGUGAUUAACAAUGCAUUUGAAAUACGCAAAAAUGCCGACUAGUAUUGUUGUGCAGAAAAAUAUGAAACUUGGAGACAAUACCCCUAAAUAAUGAGAGGCUCUCACUUGUAAACACAAAAUUUCUCAAAAGAUAUUAGCGAAUUGUAACCCUUAUUUUACUGCCUCACAAUAUAUCAACAAUCUUGAAAAAAAAAAAGAUCAUGUAAAAGGACGGUUAAUCUCAAGAAUAUUAAAUUUUAAAAAAUAUCUAUCGAGAGGUUUAAAAAUUAUUCACUGAUUUGUUAAAUAAAAGUAGACCAAAAUGUUUACAAAACCACUAAUAAGAGUGCCUCAAUACAUACUAAUCAAAUCCUUCUUUGUAGCAAUCGGCUUGAGCUAUCUCCAUGAUCUUUCACACAAGUUUUUAAAAAGACUAAAACUCUAUGAGGCAAAAUUGCAUGUCAAAAGCACUUCGUUUUCUACAGAUAACAGCAGAACAUGUCCAUUUUUUUACCAUAUUUGUAACCAUAAAAACUUUAUCCCAAAACAUCUCGAUAAUGCUCUUACAGAUUUCACUCAAAAUACAGGAACAUCGAGGCAGCUAUAACUGAAGGAAAAAGCUCCCAUGAACAAUUUUGGAAGAACAGGGCCCAGUGUUUGAGAAAUACUGCUGCAAGUAAAAAGGUAAGGGCAUCAUUUCAUUGCUAUGACAAUUCCAAUGUCAUUGCAAACCUGAUCAUGACAAAUUUUCAUCUUUAUCUAAUACAACUGCGGUGGCAAUUUUUCCAAAUCUUUGUUUAUGGCAACGUAGUUUAUGCUCAAACUUGGGAGGUAUUGACCCUGAAAAACUGUAUAGGGCCACCUUAGCCCAUUUGCUCCUGGAGAUUUUGCCGAAAAACGUGUUUUGAAGCUAGUUGAGUGGUUCUCUGGUCACUGUCGUGCUUUAAAGACUUUUACUUUUUGCUUUAAUUCUCUCCUCCCCUCUUUUUGCACUUUUCGUGCUUCAUUUUUUUUCUCUUGCUUGGCAUUUAGGAGGCUUCAUUUUGGUGGGAAAAGUUUUUAGGAAAGCUUUUAGGAUCUUAGGAUUAGAUGAAAAGAAAGGUAGGUGGGUAGUGGAACAAGAUUUUCAUGGGAAUUUCAGGUCAUUGUUACAUGGUUUUUUACCUUUUUCUCUGGUGUCCUUGACUGAAGUGUGCUCAUUCUGGUAUGGUUUGAAAGAUCUCUUCACUCUGCACAAGUUAGCAGACAAAAUUUUCCUUGACCAUUAAAACUGAUGAUGUUACAAUCAGUAGAAAGGACAUGGAUCCGCAUGGGCGGUUACAGGGGGCUGAGGGGCGAAUGGGUUAAUAACAGCUUUAAGGUAAACAGGGUUUCAUUAAGAAUUCUAGUAGCAGGAGAAUAAUUUUGAAAAAGGUUCCACAUCUGAAUAAAAAGUAUUCAAAAGGUACCAAAUGUUAGCCAGAGAAUUCUGUGUAGUAAACGGAGAAUUCUCCGAUCUUUCCAAUGCCUAAUGAACAUCCUAAGUAAAGCGAUCUCUUAACUCUCCAACUCUUUUAGUGCUUGGUGGGUACAUUCUUAGGGACCUUCUAUAACUUCAUAUGACUGUAAAAUUUGCAUCAGAACUGGGCCUCAGAAUAGGAAGACAAAGUCUAGCAUCCAUUCUUCUUCAUAUUUUGUCUUCUUAUUUCUCAACAUUACUCCUUUCACAUCUAGAAGUGUAAUAUCACUGUUCAUCUUUGACUUUUUCACACUUUACCCAUACAUCAUUUUGCUUGUUUAGUGUUAGUUUUUGGCUGGUUAAUUGGAGGUAGUGCUUUACUGUAUGUAUAAGUGUGUAUGGCAUUUAGUUUGUCUUUUAACCUAUUGCUCCCUACUUCAGACAUUUGUAUUGUCUAAUCUUUCUCUUUCUAAUCCCAAUGUAACGUAAAUACAUCUAGCCCAAGAAUUCUGGCAUAUUUUUUCAUAUAUCUUGAAAACGAAUCACAAGCAGAAGAAAACAUUGCAAAAGUGUUUGUUUACUAAAACAAAAGUCACUAGCAAAAACUCAGUAUGUUUUAAUGUAAAGCAAAUUCAAAAAUUACCGCAAAAAUUUAGUGAAGGUUCCAAUUUGCACAAAGCCCUGCACGAGUACAGGUAAACCAUUUUUGUAAACAGAGUGAUAAAGUUCUUUUAAAGGCUUUGUCUCAGUGGUGGUAUUUUUUAUAGGAAGCUUUUGAUGCUGCUGAUGAGAAAGACAUCAUUGAUACACAGAUUCUGCUUGCAAAGUUUUGGGAGAAAGAAGAAAAAGAUGGUGGCAGUAAAGAAGCUCUUCACAUGAAGAGAGCCAGUGGAUGUGCUGACAAAAGAAACUCCUGGGACUCUUGGCUCAAGUAUGGCAUGGCUGCAGCUGCCAUAGGUAUCGGUGUGUGCUAUUCACUCAUAAGACAAUAGAAUAGAGUGCAGAUUUGAAAGAUGUCAUUCAUAUGGAAUGCUUAUCUAUUUCUCUGUGGAAGUACGGCUUGUUGCAAAGCAGGCAAGCAAGUCUAAUGCCCAUUGUGACAGUUGGCCAGGACUUACAGUUAUGGCAAGAACUUCUUUAUGGAAAUGGAUCUGCAAGCAACUGCUCCUGCCCCUGGUUCUAUUGUACUGGCCAAUAUGUAACAUUGAUAGGCUUUGGAAUGUAAGGUUUAGCAGUGCAUUUUUUUGUAAGUUUUUCCCAGCAGUGAAUGACUUUUUGUGAGGCUGUAGCUGUAUCUCAGCUCUAAAUGCAAGUCCUUGGACCUGCCAUGAAAGCAGUUUAUGUGAUGAACGUAGGACUAAGGCCAAAAGGAACAUUAACUCUUUAGGUAAUAUGAAAUUCAAUGUAUGCAGUCUGCUUGAUUAAUUAUAAAUUAUUUAUACCUAGGAUAUACAUUUUUCAUACAUAAAAUAUUUCUCCAGUCUUUUCUGAUAUGUCUGUGGUCAGGAACUGCAUUUCAAUAAUAGUUGGCCUGAAUAUAAAGUGAUUUUUCGUGUAAAUAAUUUAUCCUUUGCGAGCACCAGAUGUAUCAUACAUGUAAUAAUAAAUAAAAAUAAAAUUUUCUGCUUUACCUGUAGUUACCAGUAUACUGAAAGGGUGCUUGAGAAAGAAGUGAGUCUUGGUAUGUUGAAUUUGAAUUAUUUUUCACAAGCAAAAACAAGGCAAUUUGGAGAGAGAAUGUAACAGUUUAAGCCUUGUUAAGAGGUCUGGCAGACCCUACCCUAUACGAGACUAAACUCCCAAAAUCCCUCCUUAUCCUAAAGAUGCUAUUUUCGAGGGCUAUUUUCUAGAAACUACUUAGGUCGGCACUAACUAACUAAAAAGUUGCAGGUAACGUGAAUUUAUUGAUUUCAUUGUUUUUGGUGUCAAUUUCCAGUUUCCCUAGUCCAGACUAAAAUCUUCACUCAAGUGAUCAGUUUACCUGAGCUACAAAGGUAAUUUUCAUAUAAACAUUUUAAAACUGAAAUGAAAAUACCAAGACGACGAUUCUCCCCGGCGAUUUCAGUAAUAAUUUUGCACCAUCUGCGGACCUAUAAAAUUGUACCUGUCCUAUGGUAGAGUGUACGUCAUCACUUAUCUAUGAAAAAUUUCCUGUAACAAUGGCGGCAGUUUCUGAACGCAAAGAACUUCAGAAAGUUGUAGCCAUUAUGGGAGACGAAACCACUUGUCCUGUCUGCCUUGAAGAAUUUCAAGAACCGAAAUGUCUCCCCAGCUGUGCUCAUAACGUUUGUGAGCGGUGUUUAGAGAAUAUCGUCGUGGUCCGUAAAAAUUCGUACACAAUUUCUUGUCCUCAAUGCCGGGAAGAGUCUUUCCUUCCUUCAACGGGCGUCUCUGCUUUCCCCACAAACCACCUUUUAUUGCGACUUAUGGAGAAUACACCUGCAAGGAAAGAGAAAAAAGCUGUAAAUAACGCUCUGAACAUUUGCAAAGAGCGCGUUAAAGGGGCAGAAAAAGCAGCGAAGGAAAUGGAAGAUUGUUUUGAUAAAGCUUCAGAUGAAGGGGAAAUGCUAAGACGCGAGAUUAAUAAAAUGGCUGAUGAUCUUAUUCGAACCAUUGAUGAUAAAAGAAAGUCUCUAAUUGCUCGCCUUGAUUCCUUUCUAACAGAGCAUUUUGAUUCUAAAUCUUUCCAAAGGGAGAAGGAACAGAUGUCUUCAUUUCUUGUAAGAGCAAGGAGUUGCAUGCAGAAAGCAAAUGAAAUUCUCCAGCAAGGUGAAGUUGGGGAGAUUUUAGAAUCUAAAAAUGACCUUGUCGAAAAAUUAACGCAGAUCAGCUCUGCUGCAGAUGAAAGAGCCCUAGCAGUUAACAGGCUGUCUAACUAUGCAGAAAUGGAAUUUUCUCAUGGUCAAUGGUCUGAUUUGCAUGGUAAAUGUAUGGAAUUACUUGGACAGUUGUCAUUGUCAGCCAAAAACUAUACCCAGAGUGUGAAGAAUGGGGCAGGUUUUAUUGAUUACAGUAGAUGUGGGGAAGUAGCGCAGACUAUCAUGACUGGAGUGUUCACUUUUGCCAUUGCUGUGUCAAGUGCAACUGGUGACAUUGCUGUGCUAGAUGAAGAGGAUCGACGAGUUUAUGUCUAUUCUUCAAUGGGAGAUCCCGUUAUGUCAUUUCGCAUCAUAUAUGGUGACCUAUGGGAUAUCACAUUUUCCAAAGAUGAUGAAAUAAUAGUUUUGAACCGCGAAUGCAAUCGCCUGCUUCACUAUGACCGAGAAGGCACAUUUGUGAAAAAGUAUGUCAAAGCACCCAACAGCCGAGUAAAAUUCACUAGGGUAUCAACAGAUAGUGAUGGUCGUUUACUAGUGACAUCAAGUCCCAGAGAUUGUUGUGAUGAGCCAGAUGAAUUGGUUGAACCUUGUAUUCUUGUCUAUAGUGCAGACAGAAAGUUUCUGUUUAGCUUUGGUGAGGACAAACUGUCUUGUCCUCAAGAUGUUGCAUUUCACCAAGGAAAAUUCUUCGUAACUGACGGUGACCUAGAAUGUGUGAAAGUUUUUAACAGUAGUGGAACAUUUCUUUUUGACUUUGGGAAUGGUGAUCUGUUAGACCCAGUGGGCAUUACAGUGGAUGUUAUCAACAAUGUCAUAUUGGUUUGUGACUGUAGCAGUAAUGCAAUUGUCAUCUUUAAGCCAGAUGGGGAACUUAUAUCAAAAAUUGAGACUGUUGAAGAACCUUUACAUGUUGCCCUUUCGGCUAAUUGUUCAAGUUUGAUUGUCUGCUUUUACAAUGCCUCAUUCUUUCAACUUCUUUCCAGUGGUCAAUGA